AUCAGCCUACAGCCAUUCUCUGGUCAGCUCUUUGAUCGUAUGUACUCGACCUCCCCCGGAACAGAGAUGUCAAUGUACUUCUUCCGACUGCACAACCUACGCCGUCAGGCGGAGGAGGUACGGAAAAAGCGUCAAAAAGGAAGAACGAACCAGAGCGGCCAACGCGGGACCAAUUGCACGGACCAAUCACAACCGACAGCCGGAUCAAUGCAUUGCUGCAACAAGGUCCAUCGGGGCCAAAGCAGGCUCUUUGAGCGCGCUCUUUUGCAGCCUAGUGAUUCGCUCGACGAAAUCGCCUUUCAAAUACCCAGAGUUCGUGUCGAAUAUUACGUGAACGAGAACACGUUCAAGGAACGACUUCAACUGUACUUCAUUAAGAAUCAACGUUCGAGUCUAAGGAUACGAUUGGCAAAUCUGUUUUUUAAGCUGCUAACAUGCUUCUUAUACAUAUUCAGAGUCAUCACCGACAACGAUCCAACUUAUGCAACGUGUUAUGGUUGCACGCCCGGCAACAAAACCGAGUUCCUCGCGUCUCAGAACCUCACGGAGGAAGAAUUUCAGGAGCACCCGACCAUCAACUGGGACGCGAUUUUAUGGGUGAGAAGGCCCUUGGAAUUGUGGGUCGUCCAGGUGAUCCUGGCAAUAGUAUCGCUUUCGGAAGCCCUGCUGCUCGCCUAUUUAGGUUACAAGGGAAACGUCUGGCAGCAGCUUCUCUCUUUCCACUUCAUCCUGGAGCUAGUCAACACGAUACCAUUCACGGUUACGUUACUUUAUCCGCCAAUGCGAAAUCUAUUCAUUCCGGUGUUCCUGAACUGCUGGUUGGCAAAGCAUUCCUUGGAAAAUAUGUUCAACGAUCUACACAGAGCUAUGCAAAAAUCUCAAUCAGCUUUAAGUCAACAACUGAUGAUCCUUAGUGCAACAUUACUGUGCCUUGUCUUUACUAGCGUAUGCGGGAUCCAACACUUUCAGAGAGCGGGGCACAGGCAUUUGAAUCUGUUUCAAAGCACGUACUACGUGGUGGUCACGUUUUCCACGGUCGGUUACGGGGACUUUGUACCUGACAUUUGGCCUUCGCAGCUUUACAUGGUCAUCAUGAUCUGCGUUGCUCUCAUCGUUCUGCCUACACAGUUCGAGCAGCUGGCCUUCACGUGGAUGGAAAGACAAAAGCUGGGCGGCUCGUAUUCGUCCCACAGAGCACAGAGCGAGAAACACGUGGUGGUCUGCAGUACAACGCUGCAAGCCGACACCAUCAUGGAUUUUCUAAAUGAGUUUUACGCCCACCCUUUGCUACAGGACUAUUACGUGGUACUGUUGUCACCAAUGGAACUGGAUACCACAAUGCGAAUGAUUUUACAGGUGCCCAUCUGGGCACAAAGGGUAAUCUACAUUCAAGGAUCGUGUCUGAAAGAUAACGAUCUCACCAGGGCCAGAAUGAACGAAGCGGAAGCCUGCUUCGUUCUUGCAGCCAGAAAUUAUGCCGAUAAAACCGCCGCUGACGAACACACGAUACUUAGGUCAUGGGCGGUGAAGGACUUUGCACCAAACGUUCCUCAGUACGUUCAAAUCUUCCGUCCGGAAAAUAAGCUUCACGUGAAGUUCGCGGAGCACGUGGUGUGCGAGGAUGAGUUCAAAUACGCCCUUUUGGCGAACAACUGCACGUGCCCUGGUGCAUCGACCUUGGUCACCCUUUUGCUGCACACUUCCAGAGGACAGGAAGGUCAGCAAUCGCAAGAAGAAUGGCAUAGGCUGUACGGUAAAUGUUCUGGAAACGAGAUUUAUCACAUUAUUCUCGGGGAUUCUCGGUUUUUCGGCGAGUACGAGGGCAAAUCCUUCACAUACGCGUCCUUCCACAGUCAUCGUAAAUACGGGGUGGCUCUGGUCGCUGUCAGGCCGGCGGAACUUCCGGAAUUUUACGAGGACACCAUCCUCUUAAAUCCUGGUCCGCGUCACAUAAUGAAGAAAACCGACACCUGCUAUUACAUGAGCAUCACGAAGGAGGAGAACUCCGCGUUCGUGGUGGCGAAUAAUCAGAGCGUGACGGGUACGGAGGGCACGCAGGUGAUCGUCGAGACGAAAACCGACGGGACGGGAAACAGCGGGACGACAGGGAACACGACCGCCAACAACAGCACGGCGAUGAAUUCUGGAACAAGCGCGGGAAUGACGACGACCACGACGACGAUAUCCACCAGCUGCACGAUCGCCGGCGGCGAUGGGAACGGUACAGCAAACAAACCCGGUGCCAACGAGCACCGUCGCUAUUCCAACAGUUGUAACAAUGCGCUGAACGAAACAGCUUGCUGCAGACAGGAGACGACCUGUACGGGGCCCCGUGGACAGAACGUGCACGGUACACAGGCACACAGGGCCCCACAGGUUAUUUUGCAGGUCCUCCCUAGCACGCCCACACCACUCGAACACCACAACAUAAUCGCAUCCGAUGUCCACCCAACGUAUCUCGAUCCCGGUGGAUUCGGAGAUUCGCGACAAUGUUUGAAAGACGGAGGAUCCACGCCACAGACGCCGAUCACCGGGAAUCAUUUGGACGUUCCGCGAUCUCUAGAUCCAAAUCCCAAUCUACUCAGUCCCGAGAUUCUCACGCAAAGAAGAGGUAGCAGGAGACCAAGCAUCCUGCCUGUGCCAGACAUGCUGACGAGCUCGACCUUGCAUCUUCCUGGCCAAGAGUCCUUGGAUCACGAAGGCGACGAGUCCGAGGACGAAAUGGACGACGACGUUCCAUGGAGAUCGCCCAGCGAAAAGAUCGCGAUCGUCAAGGGAUUUCCACCUGUUUCACCUUUCAUAGGCGUUUCUCCAACGUUAUGUUAUCUACUUAAAGAAAAGAAACCUCUGUGUUGCCUUCAAUUGGCACAGGUUUGCCAGCACUGUACCUAUAGAAACGCGAAGGAGUACAAUUGGCAAAACAAGACUAUCAUUCUGGCUGCCGACUACGCCAGCAACGGAAUCUACAACUUUAUAAUUCCCUUAAGGGCACACUUUAGAUCAAAAACAUCGCUGAAUCCAAUCAUUCUCCUGCUGGAACGGAAACCGGAAAUUGCGUUCCUUGACGCGGUGUCAUACUUUCCUUUGGUGUACUGGAUGCAGGGAUCCAUCGACUGUUUGGACGAUCUCCUUCGCGCUGGUAUCACUCUGGCGGAAAAUGUCGUGGUCGUAAACAAGGAACUCAGCAAUUCCGCGGAGGAAGACACUCUGGCUGACUGUAACACUAUCGUAGCAGUGCAAACUAUGUUCAAAUUCUUUCCGAGUAUAAAGAGCAUAACGGAGCUCUCGCAGUCGAGCAACAUGCGUUUCAUGCAGUUCAGGGCGCACGACAAGUAUGCUCUUCACCUCAGCAAAAUGGAAAAGAGAGAAAAGGAAAGAGGCUCCCAUAUAUCGUACAUGUUUCGAUUACCUUUCGCCGCUGGCAGUGUCUUCAGUGCCUCCAUGUUGGACACUCUUCUCUAUCAAGCAUUCGUAAAGGACUACAUGAUAACAUUCGUGAGAUUGUUGCUGGGCGUCGAUCAAGCUCCGGGGUCUGGUUUUCUAACAUCGAUGAAAAUAACGAAAGACGACAUGUGGAUCAGAACCUACGGCAGACUGUACCAGAAACUCUGCUCGACGACGUGUGAGAUCCCCAUCGGUAUUUACAGAACGCAGGACACCACCGUGUCGGACACGUCUCACGGCGACUCAGACGCGGAGAGCGACGCCGGCGUCGGCGUGACGUACAAGGUGCGUCAUUCGGCGGCAGCAUCGUGCCUUGCAAAUUGCGCCACCCGCGACAAGGGUGCCUCAGCCUACUCCGUGAGCCUCGGCGACGAAGCCCGCGACAAUCACGCCCAGCAGAUCGAGAGGGCCGAGAUCGCGAACCUGGUUCGUUCGCGGAUAGAAUCCCUGAACCUGCCGGUGGCCGAUUACGACGACGUCUCGGAGAAACGUAACAGCCUCUCCUACGUGAUCAUCAAUCCCAGUUGCGACCUGAAGCUGGAGGAGGGCGACAUCGUGUACCUGGUGCGACCCAGUCCGUUCUCCGCUCAGAAAACGUUCGAGCGUCACAACUCGCGUCGCAAGAGCAACAUCAGCUUCUGUUCGGCGCAGCUGGUGUCGCAGAUGAGCGCGGCGGUGGCGUCGGCGGGACUUCCUGGCGCCGGGGCAGGAAGUCGUCGAGGAUCCGGGAUCGGUUUGCCCAGGGCGCCGCCGUUGGGCACCACAAAAUCGAACUCGUUGUCGUUGCCGGACAGUCCCACGGUGGCCGGCACGCUGCGAGGACGCUCGAACUCGCUGAGAGUGGUCGACGACAUUCUGCUGAGACGCAGCAACUCGUUGAGGCAGGGUCUGACGAUGAGCAGGAGGAAAAGCAGCCUGGAGGACAUCGGUCUGGGCGCGCUGUCGCAUCCCUCGAACCACAAUCCGAUCAAGAUCGCGCUGAACGGAUCGAUCGGUCUGGAGGUGACGCCGCCGGAGGAGUGCUCGCAGGUCGUAGGCGCCAGCAACACAGGUAUCCUGGACGUGGGACUGCCCUCCAUGCCGGAGCUAACCGCCGCCCUGGGCUCAAACCUGGGCACAGGCCUGGGCGGCUCGCUCGGUGGCCUCUACGACCCACCGAGCCUCCAAUAUCCCAUGGGAUCGCCCUCCCAGUCGCCCCAGAUCCCCAGCAGCACGCAGGAUCCUCAGCACAUACAAGGGACGAUCGUAUGAUAUAACCUUAUGUGGGGACGCAGGCUCUCCGGCGUGGUACGAAACAAAUGGCUGUAAAGCGUUCCCACGUUCCCACGUUCCCACGUUCACGCGUCGAGAUCACUCGGCUACCUGACUAACGACGAAUUCGGUGGGACUGAACGGUGGCGACGAUCACGGAUCGCGAGACGGCCGGAGAGCAAGGUGUUUCAGUGACCCGGGACCGAUCAGCGACCCCGGCGAACGCCUAGGCGAAUUUUUUUACUCCGUUCCUUGCGUAGUUUCAGUUAGCCACGCUAUGACGGUAUUCAUUCAUGCCAGUGGUUCUUAACCGUCGCGCCGCGACGCGUUUUUACUUUUUAUAGAAUUUAAAUUUGUACGAAUCACGCUCGCGCGGUGAUCGGUGGGUCGUUUUGGACCCAGAUAAUCAGAUUUUUCGUUCAUUCUUUCCCCCUAUUUUUUUAAAUAUUGGUGUCACUGGUAUUCAUUAUGCAUUCUGCGGCUAAAGAGGAUCUAAUAAAAUAUGUAUUCUUUUAAUAAAAGUAAAAAUUAUCAGGAUCAUUGGGUCUUCUAACAGGUGGGUGAAAUAUUCUAUUUUGUAUUAUUAUAGAUUAGGUGUCUAAAUAUAUGACUAUUGCAGAGUGUAAGAUAUGGGUCUAAAAGGACCCAACGAUCGACGUCCGGAUAACUAUUCUAACGCUAUUAGAAUAGCCUUUAACGAGUCAAUUCUAUGUUUCGACAUUUUCUUGUAGAAACAUGUCACCUUAGAUUUGAAAUUCAUAUAUUACAAUAAUAUAAUCUAAUGAAAUUACCGGUCAACCUAAGAAACUAAGUUUUUAAAAGAAGCAUAAAAAGACGACAAAAUAUUUUUGUUGAUAGACAAUUUAUUUCAACAGAUUUUUUAUAAAAAGAUCAGCCAACUUGCUACGACAUUAAAUAUAUUAAAUAACGCAAAUAUAACAAAUUUAGGAGGAAUAAAAUUAAUACUAAUGUAAACAUAGUAAAUACAUCCCCAAUUUAAAAAUCAAACGCGUAGAAAUAUUAAAUUGGCGCGUUAAAGGCUGAAAAUAUUUAUAGUUUACGUGAACCAAGCAUCUUAUUAUUACAUUGCCAUAAUUAUUCAUGAACCCAUGACCUGUAUCAGGUUUUCCUCUCCGAGUUACGCCGUUAGACCUAGAAAUAUUAUUAGAAAUAAAUUCUUUUCCCAACUGCGUCGCGAGCUCGAGAAAGUUAAGAACCACUGAUUUAUGCGAACUCGGGGACCUAAACGCGGCGUCGUUGAGUCGCGACUGUGAUACGCCAGAACGUUGGAUUUAUUAUAUUUGUGCGUGUCAACAGGGCUGGGCAAUUUGGUAAUCGUAGCAAAUAAUUAUUCAAACCGAACGCGAACUUGAUUUGAUUUCUCUGACAGGUUUCCUUUAGCGUCUUUUGCAGAGAGACGAGUAUUAUUGUAAAGACAUAUCCACGAUGUACAAUAAUUACAGAAUCGAUCUGUACUUUUUAAUGUUCUAAAUAUCUCCAAGCAACAGGAUAUCGAAAAAUAUUAAAAGAAGUAAUUGAACGAGUAUUCUGAUCAACGUAAUAACAGGAAAAUAUUUCACCUACCGAAUGAGAAAAAAUUAAUAUUGAAUAAUUAUUUGGUCAAAGGUUUUGUAAAGGUUUAAAUAAUGCCCAGUUCUGACGACGUACGGUUGUUUCAUCGAAGCUACGAUACUAUUUUAGUAAUAAUUCUCUCUUCGUAGAUAGUACAAACACACUUUCCGAGCAACCUGAUUUCGAUUUAUUAAUCGAGUUUCAUUUAAAACUAUCCAUUAAAGUCCCUCGCGGUGUACGUAGCGGGCUACGUUCUUAAAACGUUUUGCUCUCUAGUCGGCUCUUGCGUCUCGAUCUCCGUACAUCCGAUCAAAUUAUUCGUAGCGAUCCAGACGAUUGCUCGGACGGGCUAGAUCACAACACACGAGAAUUCAUGCCAAAGGUCCAGUAACGCCGUUGAUAAAAUCGAGACGAUUAAAAUAAAUAGUAUAAAGAAACGAAAUCGGUGACGAUGGACAAGAGUUUCUAGGUUUCUUCGAUGCUUUUGUAUAAUUUAAUACAUUAGAAUUUCAACAGAGCGUCAACUAAAAAUUAAACAAAUUAAAGUUGAUUUAAUCAGAAUUCAAAUCUACUUUUUCAAAAGCAAAGUCUGAUAGAAAUAAAAGUCACUUUAAACUUACGAUUUAAUUUCGAAGGUUGUAUCACGAAUAACGGAUAACCACUAUGUAUUUCUUUUUAUUUUCCAAGCAGAGCGGACAAAUUAAUUUUUAUUCGACUCCAGUCGAGCACAACAACAUUACGUUUAAUUCUUUAAUUAUAAAAUAUCGCACUAAGAUUCUUGUCCCUCGUCAAAUGUCAUAUUUUCUCGAGAUAGCUAACGAAAGUAGGUGAGAAAGGAGAAACGUUUCCCUAGUGCAAGCCCCGAUUCCUACGUAGGGUCACGUUCCGCGGACGAACGUGAAAUAAUUUUAUACUAGAACAAAUUUAUGACGAGAGUAUGUUAUAUAUAUGAUUAUAAAUAUAUAAAAUAUGUGACCAUUUAAAUCAUAUCACACGAGAAAGAAUGUCACCAACCGAAGUCGAAAUCAUUAUAUCGUACGUGUGUAGGACGACAAGGACUUUAGACAAGUAUUAGGAAUAUCGAGUUCCAGAUUUCAGGACUAACUAGGAACAGAAUUUAUUCCAACGCGGAUAAGUGAAUUCCCCGCGAUCUGUCGCGGUCCGGAGAACUCUCUGUUCGUUGUUUACGAGGCGUGAAAGAUAAUCGAUUAUAUAUCGAAGAAUUUAGUGCGGCACGAUCGAAGGAAGGUUACUAAACGAACACUAUUUUCUUCUCUUCUAUUAGUUUGAAACGCAGUCUUAUCGGUACGUUUUAUCAGAGUUUUCGGGUACACAGUUUAUUAAGAUGAAUCAUUUAUUCUUAGCGAGGAAAGAGCAAAAAGUUUCGACAAUCCGUUCAAUCAGUUAGUCGGACGUAGGCGUCGUUAGCGACGACUUUAAAAGAUAUAUCUAUUUCUUGACUCGGCGCUUCGAGCCAAACGCAAUCGUUUCUCGACCAAUUUACACGUUUUCCCCGACCAAAUGUCGUCUUAUCGAGUACCUGCUUUCAUGCUACCUUCCGCUACUCCCCACAGGUUUUGGCAAUUAAAUUACCAACGAUCGGAUUUGCUUCACUGUCUAGUUGUGGCCGAUAAAUUGCUGUUUUUGCAAAAAUUUCGUCGAACGUGAGGAACAAUCUUUCGAGUUCAAAGCGUUUGUAAUCCACUGCUAUCCAUUUGCGCAAUUCUCGACUGAUCUUCUGCCUUUUUCAAUUUUUGAAAACAGAAAGCUUCUUUGCAUCUGAAAAUUAUUUAUGUACGAGAAAUAACUUAAGGUCAAUGAAUAUAAUGUGCUUGCAAGACCUAUACUCAUUGUCGUGGUUUAAAAAUACUAGCAAAGAUGAAAUUAAAACAAUCGUUGGAAUAAUUUUUAAAUGUUAUUAUAUGUUUAGUGUGUUCUAUACACCGAAAAGAAAUAAAAUUUCUGUGGAACACUUUUUUCAAAAAUAUAUUAUACAGGGUGUUCGGCCAGCCCUGGGAAAAAUUUUAAUG